AUGGCUGCCAGCGACAAUGAUGAGACCGCCGAGGCUGUCCAAGCGGUUUUAAAGUAUAUGACCGAUAUUGAAAUCUUAGCCGAAGACAUUCUCGUGGAUAAACAAAUGAUUGUAUCACUUGAUAAACGAAGAAAUGGUCACAGAGAAGCAUUCCGCAGCAUUAGAAACACCGAUAAAUCAAAUCAAUCGUGGAUGUGCUUUGGCGAUACAUUUAUUGAAUUGCCUAAUGGUAGUAUUCAAAAUUUACUAGAAAAAGGCUUAAUUUGUAGUAAUGGCAGUAUUCUACGCGGAGGCCAAGAAAAUACUCAAGCCGAAAUUAAUAAACUGCAUGAGAACUUGAAACCUAAAAUGGCACAACUAUAUGAAAUGGAAGGUAAACAACCACGUAAAGGAUUCGAUCUAAAACCUUUAAGUCGCGAUGAACUCUCGAACGUAACUCAAGCACGUAAUUAG